UCACUGCCGCUGGAUUGCCUCGUUCCUUCACGCUUCUGCAAACCCUAAAAGGAGGCUGCUUAUUAAUUCAAAAAUGGCUGUUGCUUUUGCCAAUCUCAAUGCGGCAUCUGGGCUCCAGAAACUUAAUGAAUAUCUUCUUGCCCGCAGUUAUAUAACUGGUUACCAAGCAUCAAAGGAUGAUAUUGCUGUUUAUGGCUCACUUAAUGCACCUCCAUCCUCUGAAUAUGUCAAUGCAGCCAGGUGGUAUAAUCAUAUUGAUGCUCUACUUCGGUUGAGUGGCAUCUCUGAAGAAGGGAAAGGUGUCAAAAUUGAAUCAUCUGCUACUGUACUUGAAGACAUGCCAGCCACCCCUGCUGUUGUUGACAAGGCCACAGCAGAUGAAGACGAUGAUGAUGAUGUGGAUUUGUUUGGGGAAGAAACUGAAGAGGAAAAGAAGGCAGCUGAAGAACGCGCUGCUGCCGUUAAAGCAUCUGCCAAGAAGAAAGAGUCUGGAAAGUCAUCAGUACUUCUUGAUGUGAAACCAUGGGAUGAUGAAACAGACAUGAAGAAGCUAGAAGAAGCUGUGAGGAGCGUCCAAAUGGACGGGUUGCUCUGGGGAGCCUCAAAACUGGCACCUGUUGGGUAUGGCAUCAAAAAAAUGCAGAUCAUGAUGACUAUUGUGGAUGAUUUGGUUUCUGUGGAUAACCUUAUUGAGGACUAUCUCUGUGCUGAACCAGCAAAUGAGUAUAUCCAGAGUUGUGACAUUGUCGCAUUUAACAAAAUAUGAUACAUUUAGGAACUCUACAGCAACGCUCUCCCUAAAUUUCUAGUUAUGUUAAUUUAAUUUUGUGGCUCAGUGGGCUGUAAGUCUCAUUGGCUGCUUUCUUUUUAGCUAAGGGACUUGAGGUUAUCCUGUGGGACAUGAGUUGGGACAUGAAUUCUAGUUUUUCGAAUGAGUUUUCCAUACCGUAUGCCAAGUUACUGCAUUGUGUACUCUGUGUAUGACAUUUAUUUCUCUGUUAGCUAAAGCCAUGCUUGAUAUUUUCUAUAGAA